AUGAUGUUCCGUUUCGUUCUAAUUUUUCUCAAUCUUUCACCUCUUUAUUAUCAAUUUCUAUUCCCAUCAUCUUCCUCAUCAUCGUGCGGCUCAUGCGCAUGUCCUCCAGCUCCAAUAUGUCCAGCUCCUCAACCAUGUCAACCAAUUGUUGCAUGUCCAACACAGACAUGUUGCAAUUCAUGUAAUUCUUGCAAGUCGAAACGAGCAAAACGAGAAAUUCUGAGCAAUGCCACGUUUGUUGCUGAGUUUGAUAAAAUAGCUACGAGAGGAAGAGAAAAACGAAAAACUUCUACAGAAGCGAAUCUUUGCAACAGCGAAGAAUUGAGGACCAUCAUUGAACAAAAAAUCGAUCGCAUUACGGCAAUUGCAAAACGUCGAAUUCAGGACGAAGCAGAAUUAAAAUUGAACGGGCGAUUCAAUGUAAUUUGUACACGUGGAGAUUUUUCAUACCUGGUCAGUACGGAGCUAUACUGUCAACAUACUGUCGCAGAUGUUACUUGUUUCGUUUUCAAACAACUUUCGGAUGUUGUGAGAAUGCGACUAGCUUAA